CUUCCUCCUGCUGAACGCCUCAGCCGAUUCCAAGCAUGCCAUCCUGAGCCCUUGGAUGAGGAGCAGCAGUGAUCACUGCACACUGGCUGUCUCAGUGCACAGACAUCUACAGCCCUCAGGGAGAUAUGUUGCCCAGUUACUGCCGCACAAUGAGGCCGGAAGAGAGAUUCUCCUGGUGCCCACUCCAGGGAAGCAUGGCUGGACCGUGCUGCAUGGAAGAAUCGGACGUCCAGAGAACCCAUUUCGAGUGGCCCUGGAAUACAUCUCCAGUGGAAACCGAAGCUUGUCUGCAGUGGACUUCUUUGCCCUAAAGAACUGUAGUGAAGGAACAUCACCAGGCUCCAAGAUGGCCUUGCAGAGUUCCUUCACUUGUUGGAAUGGGACGGUCCUCCAGCUUGGACAAGCCUGUGACUUCCACCAGGACUGUGGCCAAGGAGAAGAUGAGGGCCAGCUAUGCAGUAAACUUCCUGCUGGUUUUUACUGUAACUUUGAAGAUAGCUUCUGUGGCUGGACCCAAGGUCCACUUCCACUCCAUUUGCCCCAGUGGCAAGUGAGGACCCUAAAGGAUGCCCAUUCCUGGGACCACCAAGGCAAGAAAGCAGCAUCCUCAAAGAUGUGCUAA